CCCAGGAACAGGCUUCCCCAAACACCCUCUCUGGUUCUGACAUGAGUUCCAGGUGCCUUCUGAGUCCACGGCCGGCUGUCGGGAGCAAGUACCUGGAGAGCCCUGAGGAGUAGCCGCUCAGCAGCAGCCAACACCUGGGUCCACCAUGAACUGGGGGAUCUUCGAGGGGCUCCUAAGUGGGGUCAACAAGUACUCCACAGCCUUUGGGCGCAUCUGGCUAUCUCUGGUCUUUAUUUUCCGAGUGCUGGUGUACCUGGUGACGGCUGAGCGUGUGUGGAGUGAUGACCACAAGGAUUUUGACUGCAACACCCGCCAACCGGGCUGCUCCAACGUCUGCUUCGAUGAGUUCUUCCCCGUGUCCCAUGUGCGUCUCUGGGCCCUGCAGCUCAUCCUGGUCACGUGCCCCUCGCUGCUGGUGGUCAUGCACGUGGCCUACCGGGAGGCACGGGAGAAGAAGCACCAAGAGGCCGAGGGGGAGGGUGGUGGGCGCCUCUACCUGAACCCCGGCAAGAAGCGGGGUGGGCUCUGGUGGACGUACGUCUGCAGCCUGGUGUUCAAGGCCAGCGUAGACGUCAUCUUCCUUUAUGUGUUCCACUUGUUCUACCCCAAAUACACCCUCCCCCCUGUGGUCAAGUGCCACGCGGCUCCGUGUCCCAACACGGUGGACUGCUUCAUCUCCAAGCCCUCGGAGAAGAACAUCUUCACUCUCUUUAUGGUCAUCACAGCCGCCAUUUGCAUCCUACUCAACCUCGUGGAGCUCGUUUACCUGGUGAGCAAGAGGUGCCGUGAGUGCCUGGCAGCGAGGAAAGCCAGGGCCACCAGUGCCAAUUCCUGCAAACGGGAUGACCUCCUCUCAGGCGACCUCAUUUUCUUGGGCUCAGACACUCACCCUCCUCUCUUACCAGACUGCCCUCAGAACUACAUGAAGAAAACCAUCCUGUGAGGGGCUGCAGACGGGGCAGGCCUGGGCUGGGAGGGCCCGGCAUCUCUCACGGGGACAGUCUUAGGGGUGGGAGGCUCCUGCCACCUGCCCCAGCUGUGUGGCCUUGGGCAUCUCAGUGUCCCUUUGUGUAAAAUGUAGAUGGUGAGGCCUACCUCAUAGGUUUGUGGCUAUGAGAAGGAGUCUAAUUAGAGAACAGAUGUGCAAGCAAGUUUAAUGUGUGGGACCCACAGUCAGGGCUUAAUAAAAACCAACUCCUCCAGCCCUGGCUGGUGUGGCUUGGUUUGUUGGAGUGUUGUCCCACAUCUGAAGGGUUUGAUGCCCAGUCAGGGCACAUACCUAGGUUGUAGAUUUGAUCCCUGGUCCCAGUGCAUAGGAUCCCUGGUCCAGGCACACAUGGGAGGAAACCAAUCAAUGCUUAUCUCUCACACUGAUGUUUCUCUCUGUCCCUCCCUCCUGUCCUCUCUCUCUAAGAGCAAUGAAAAACAUAUUCUCAGACUCUGGCUUGUAUGGCUAAUAGAUUGAGGGCCAGCCUGAAAACCAAAAUGUUGCCAGUUCAAUUCCUGGUCAGGACACACACCUGGGUUGCAGGCCAGGCCCCCAGUUGGAGGUGUGCAAGAGGCAACCAAUCAAUGUACCUCUAGCACUGUUGGGAACCACCCUGCCGGGUUUCCCCCAGAUUUCCCCCAGAAGCUGUAACCCCCCCAAGGCUAAGGCUGAAUGAGCGAUCUUCGGACCAUAAGCCACUAAAGAGACAAAGCUUAUCUCCCUGGCAGGAGCACUGCUUCUGCUCCUUUUACUUCAUCCAUUACUUUCCCCCAAGGCUAGAUUGGUUAGAAAAUGAUGGGUAAGAUUCCUCUAGGGGGGAACGACCUAAGACAGGCACAAUCACAUGGAAGCCCCAGGGAAGGACUUGGGGGGCUAUAGCAAAAGGGGGUGAUGGACCCUCACCCCUCAGCUUUGACAUAGCCUGAGUCCUCAUUCUGUCAGCAAGAAGUCUCCCAAUCUCUUGGCUGCCUUAUUCCCCUGCCUGACUUAAGCCUGAAACAAUGACAGAGGGUGGUGUAGCCCUGUGCUGAAAAGGGCGCAUUCCCUGGGUGAUUAAGCCUAAGAAAGAAUAUAUAAACUCCUGUGAAACCUGCUUUGCUAAGAAUGCUCUCAAUUAAAUGAUAAAGGUCCGAGCAGGAAAUGAGUGUUUCCCAAAGUUUUGUAGCCCUUUAGCUAACAGACCCUGACUCAGAAUAAGCCCUCAUAGUUCAUUGUAUGUUAUCUAUGGUCUGAUCCUUACUGCCUGACAAUGAUUGAUGAGCUUUACCUGUAUUCCUGUGCUAAUUGAACCCAAUAAACCCUGUCCAGGCAAGGGCCAAGGCGCCCUCCUCUUGAGAGAGUGGCCAGGCUGCUCCGAGGUGCUCCCCCCUUGAGGGGGUAGCUGUGCCAUCCCUCUUCCUCCACAGGACUUGGUAGUCCAUGUGAAUUUAUCUUGUAUCUCAUCGAUAAUGCCACAGACACUAUAGGCCAGUGUCCAUGUCAGCCCAUUGGCAUUUCUCUCCUUUUCUUUCUCCCUGCCUUCCC